CCAGAAUUCCCAAGUUGUUGUUCUCGUCUAAGUUCAAGUGUUUAAUUCUUCACCUAAUUAUCUUCUUGUUUCCAUUUUUUUUAAUUGUAUGAUGUUAAUUUAGUUUUCUUCACUCCUUCGUUUCUCUUCUAUAGAAGCAUCGUGGUAGGGCGGCUGAUUAAUAGAGUCCGGCGGCAGUCAUGGAUUUGUAUGAACCGGUUGAUCGAAUUAGCAAGCUACCGGAUGAACUGUUAGGGUUGAUAUUGUCUUUCCUGAACUUGAAAGAAGCAAUGGCAACUAGUAUACUUUGCUCUCGAUGGAGGUACGCAUGGAUCUUCACAUCCAAUCUAGAUCUACAUGUCGAUUUGAUGGAAACAUCACAAAUAUUACGGAAGUAUGGAAUUUAUAGCAGCACCAUGUUAGAAUCCAUGUAUGUUAGCUGGGUUGAUCACCUACUCACACUGCUCCCCGAAUCUUCCAUUAAUCUUGUUAAAUUCAGAGUGUCGUUCCAUUUUUUAUCUUCAUCUUUCAAAUCACGGAUCAAUGAUUGGGUUAGCUACGCGGUGCGUAGAAAGGUUGAGAGUCUUGAUUUGAUCUUGAUCACCUCCUUAAAUGAAAAGUGUUACAAUUUUCCAUACAAACAAGGAAAUUUCCCCGACAAUCUGAAGCUGCUGAAGAAAUUGUGUUUGUGUUCUGUGGAUGUGAGUGGUGAGGCUGUGGCAUUUUUGUUGGGGAACUGUCGUCUCCUCGAGAAACUCUCGGUGUCUCAUACGGAUGCGCUUUCAUUUCUAGAAGUUGUUCAGACCUCUCCGCUGUUCAAAAGCCUUGAAAUCAUCGGGUGCAAGAGCCUCAAAUCAUUUGUGGUUCGUGAAUCGGAGCUUGUCUGCAUCAAGUAUGCCGGUCCACAUUGUAAAUUCGUGCUCGUUGAUGCUCCUCUGCUUGCUCAGCUCUGGAUUUGGGCGGCUCCGCGUACGUCUGGUCUUCCUUCCAUGGCACACAUUUUCAAAAUGUUUGAUUCUUUGCUUCCACAACUACACAUGCUCAAGAUAUUUGCCACACGCAAAUUUGAACAAUGGGACCGUUUGCCGAAGAAGAUGCCUAAUCUUAAGGAAUUGGUAGUUGUUCUUGAGAGUGAUUACUGUGACAAGUGGCCUCUCGUGCAAUUCAUAAAUUGGUUUAGUGUGACACCUUCCUUGCAAAGAUUUGUGGUAGAGGCAUCACACCAAGAGAUGAACAAAGCGUGUUUUCGGUAUUGUAGUGAUCAUUACUUGCUUGAUGGUAGUGAUGCUUGGGUUCGGGAGAUUAACAGAGAUUUUCCUUUUCUUCAAACGACUCCUCCUCGCGGGAAGGAAAUAGAGUUUGUUGGUUAUCGUGGCGUGUUUAAUCAUCUUCAAUUGAUUAUACAGAUUGUGAAGCACCGUGCUGCUAUAGACAAGAUAAUUAUUGAUCCACGGCCAUUCGAGAUUCGCAGUUAUAUGCCGUGGGAUUGCAUUUCUCUUAACCAAAUGGACGAUGAAAUAUUUGCAAGGAAUCUUGCAAAGGACCAACUUGGAAAUUAUCCCCAUGUCAACAUUCUUUAGCUCAGCAGUGUUUGUCGUUUUCAUUUGUUAAUGAACAUCAAAAUAUCAAUUUUAUUUCUAGAUUUU